AUGACUGCUACCACCUUUGAACACUACCCCGAGAAUGUCGGCAUUCUUGCCAUGGAGAUGUAUUUCCCCUCCAGAUGUGUUGACCAAAGCGAGAUGGAAACUUUUGACGGAGUCAGUGCCGGAAAAUACACUAUUGGUUUGGGUCAAGAGAAGAUGGCGUUCAUUGACGACCGCGAAGACAUUCAGUCUAUCUGUUUGACCGCGGUUCACAACUUGAUGGAAAAGUACAAUAUCGCAUACACUGAUAUUGGUCGCUUGGAAGUCGGCACGGAAACCAUCAUUGAUAAAUCUAAGUCCGUGAAGACCACUUUGAUGACCUUGUUCGGUGAACACGGCAACUAUGAAAUUGAAGGUAUCGAUACCACCAAUGCUUGCUACGGAGGUUUCAACGCUUUCUCCAACGCGGUCAAUUGGAUUGAAUCCUCGUCUUGGGAUGGUCGCUACGCCAUCGUCAUUGCCGGUGAUUUGGCCCUCUAUGCUUCGGGCGCCGCUCGUCCUACUUCAGGUGCCGGUGUGGUUGCUAUGCUCAUUGGCAAGAAUGCUCCCAUUGUUGUAGAAAGAGGUCUCCGUAGCACUCACAUGGAGCACGCUUACGAUUUCUAUAAGCCCGAUAUGCAUUCGGAAUACCCCGUGGUGGAUGGCAAAUAUUCCAACACUUGUUAUUUGGCCGCCUUUGAUGCUUGCUACAACCGUUACAUGGGCCGCCUCGGUAAGGCCUUGAAUAAGGAAAAGCCCAGCAUGGAUGACAUCGAUUACUUGGUGUGCCACUCUCCCUAUGCCAAGUUGGUGAACAAGUCGUUUGCCCGUGCUUCCUACAACGACUUUUUGAAGGAUCCCGAGAAUGAGAAGUUCGCACCUUUGGCCGGCUUCAAGGAGGUUAGCUACGCGGAAUCAUUGGAAAACCGUGAUUUAGAAAAGGCUUGUGUCGGUAUGACCAAGGCUGGUUAUGCCCAGAAGGUCGGACCUGCUGCUUUCGUUCCCAAGCAAAUCGGUAACAUGUACACUGCUGCUGUUUGGUCCGGUCUUGCUUCGCUCAUCAGCGAAGUCGAUUCCGAAACGCUCAAGGACAAGCGUGUGCUUUUGUACUCUUAUGGUUCCGGUCUGGCCGCUUCCAUGAUCUCCUUCCGUAUCACCGGUUCCACUGAUGGUAUCAAGCAAAAGUUGAACUUGAGAGAACGUUUGGCUGCUCGUACGAUUGCCAAGCCUGAAGAUUUUGCCGAGGCCAUGGCCAUCCGUGAAAAGACCCACAAUGUUCGUGACUAUGUUCCUUCCGGCAACCUCGAUCACAUUGCUUCGGGUGUAUACUAUGUCGAAAAGAUUGAUGACAAGUGGAGACGAUUCUACAAGCGCAAGGAUUAA